AUGGAAAUUAGCAGAAAGCCAACAGUUGAGAGAUACGCAGUGGUUACUGGCGCAAACAAGGGAAUUGGUCUUGAAAUCGCACGACAGUUAGCUCAUCAUGAAGGUAUUACUGUUAUUUUAACAGCAAGAGAUAAGAAGAGCGGAAUGGAAGCUACAGAAUCACUCAUUAAGACAAACAUUGUUUUACACCAACUUGAUGUUCGAGAUCCAGCUAGUGUGAAGUCCUUAGCAGAAUUUCUACAAACACAGUUUGGGAGGCUUGAUAUCUUGGUAAACAAUGCUGCAGCAGGAGGAGUUAUCGUCGACUUCAAGGCCUUAAAAGCCUUAAAUGUUGAUCUAGCAGAUUGGAACUCUGGCAAGGAAACCUACUUGAGGGAGGGAGUGAUCCAGAGAUGGAACUACAAGAAAGCAGUGGAAUGUCUAGACACCAAUUACUAUGGUUGCAUAAGAGUCACACAACUACUUAUCCCACUUUUGAAGCUUUCCACAUCAGGAGCAAGGAUUGUAAAUGUAUCUUCUAUUGCUGGAGAGCUAAAGAGAAUUCCAUGUGAACAGAUGCAGAACAAGCUAGGGGAUAUUAACAAUCUAACAGAAGAGAAAUUAGAUGAGAUACUGCAAGCAUUCCUACAUGAUUUGAAACAAGACAAGUUCGAAGCUAGCGUAUGGUCCAGCAUCUUUUCACCAAUUUACAGCGUCUCUAAAGCUGCAAUAAAUGCCUACACUAGAUUUCUUGCUAAGAGAUACCCAGAAAUGUGUAUUAACUGUGUUCAUCCAGGCUAUGUCAAGACAGAUUUAACUUGGCAUAUUGGGACAAUGACUGCAGAAGAGGGAGCUAAAGGUCCAGUCAUAUUGGCUCUGUUACCCAAUGAAGGCCCUUCAGGCUGUUAUUUCAAUCAAAUGGAAAUGGCCAAGUUUUGA